AUGUCCGCUGACAAAGACGAGGAGGGCAUUGCUAGGGCUAAAGCUCUGAAACAGAGCACCCAGACAGCCUCACCUGUUUCAGCGGAUUCGCCUGAUGGCUCCAAUGCCCAACAAGGGAAAGCUACUAGUACACCCAGCAGCAUACCCACCAAUACAUCCAUAACACGCACUCUUAGUCGCUCCAGCGAGAAUUCGCAAGUUUGCUCUAGACAGCUAGGUGCUUCUCCGCUCGGACAAAUAUGGAUGUCAGGGCAGAAGUUUGCUGCUAUAUGCGACCAGAACGGCAUUCCCCGAUUUACUCCCCUUGGUGAGAAGUACAUAUACGCUCAGACGGGGCAGUGGCCUCACUUCCACAACCAGAGCACCUUUGCCUUUGAAUGCCCUUUUCAGGCCUCUUCCGGUGCUUUAACUCAACAUUCCCCCAGGGGACAAUUAAACCGAACACCAGCCGAUCAACUCCCAGAGAAAUGGAUCACCAACACAUUGUUCGAUCUUUUUUUGCAAUCGGAAUUCCGCCUUGCCUUUCCCCUUGUCGAUCGUGAGCUAUUUAAAGAGACAAUACGAAUAGCCUAUGACUCGCCGGAAACGAAUCCGACAAUUGAGGAGAUUAGCAGCAAAGCAUGCGUUUUCGCUUUCUUGUCCCUCAGCAGCCAUCAUUUUGCUGCCUUGAGCGUCUCAAAUCAUGUUGACAGCGAUGGCUGUGCUAAGCAAGCGCAAAUCUUGAUAGCCGACUUUAUUGAAGAUGCCAGUGUCACGACGUUACAAGUGAUGGUACUAUUGCUCAUGAAUGAAGCGCUCUGUGGCCGCUUAGAAGCAUCAUCCAUGUACCACGCCAUUGCAUGCCGUACAGUCUAUGCCCUGGGAGGACAUACUCUAAUAAGUGAUCCACCAGAGGAUCGUGAUCUUACGGUCAAGGAGCUCGAAGAGCGUCAGAUUCGACUUCUAUUCUGGCUAUGCUAUCUCUUUGAUAAAGACAUAGCCCUAAGAAGCGGCCAGCCUCCUAUCAUGAGCGACGAGUUUUGUGAUCUCACGCUUCCCAAAGAUUACUUGAAGAAUCGCUUCGCGAAUGAUCUUUCCAUUCCACAAAACAUUCGAAAGCCGUUCUUGCCCAACGACCUUCGGUUAAGCAUACUCAAAUCGAAGGCUGUCAGGGCUCUUUACUCUGUGGGCUCUUUGCGUAAAUCCGACGCCGAACUUCUUCACACCAUUCGAGAACUCGAUGAAGAAUUGGAGAAUUGGCGUACUUCGAUACCGGCAGAGUACGCACCGUCGCUCAGUAUUCGCAAAGAUGUCAAACUUGCCAAGGAUAUCAGCCAGUUGACGAGCAUGCUUCAUAUCGAACUGCAUUUAGACUACCAUUAUCUCUUGAAUAUUAUUCACUGCGCUAGUGGUCGAUGCGUGGCAGAUUGGAAUGAGUCUGGCCAGGAAAUGAUCUUUGGGCUGGAAUCCAGUCUCGAUAUAUCCGUUGAAGCUAGUCGAUCGACUCUCAUUUAUCUUAGUGAGGCUGCGCCUCGGUUGGCUGGCGAAGCAUUCUGGGUCUUCAUCUUCUAUCCUGUUUCCGCGCUUCUUAGUCUCUUUUUUAAUAUCCUACGAAAUCCUCGGCACGAAUACGCAGCUCACGAUAUGGAGCUACUUACCCUGGCAACAAAUGUCAUCAGAAGUAUGCCUAUUCUUAGAGUUACAACUCACGAGGUCGAAUAUUUACGCAAAAUGGACGCUUUUGUUGAGGAGCUGGGUCGACUUAGCCAAGCGGCAAUCGCAAAGGCGCAGAAUGAGAAUGCCUAA